CAAAUAAUCUGUGGUGAGGUCAUGUGCUAUUACUAUUUAUAGGGUGUGUAAAUCACUUCUAAACAUGUCGCUGCAACAAGGAUAUCAAACGCAACCUGUGCAGCAACAACCAGGAGUUCCUGGACAGGCAAAUUGGAUGCCUGUUCCUCAGGCACCAAUAGGCUGCCCCCCAGGAUUGGAAUACCUGACUGCAGUUGAUCAAUUGCUCAUUCAACAACAGGUUGAGCUUCUAGAAGCUUUCACUGGAUUUGAAUCCAACAACAAAUACAAGAUAUGUAAUUCCAUGGGUCAACAAGUAUAUUUUGCUGCUGAAGACACUGACUGCUGCACUCGACAGUGCUGUGGUCCUGGGCGUCCAUUUGAAAUGAAAGUUUUUGACAAUAUGCAAAGAGAAGUGAUACACCUCUCCCGACCCCUCAGGUGCCAGUGCUGCUGUUGUCCUUGUUGUCUUCAGGAGAUUGAAAUACAGUCCCCACCAGGGACAGUUAUUGGUUAUGUGGAACAGAAGUGGACAUGGUGGAAAGCCAAAUUGGAAAUUCAAGAUGCACAGCGGCAGCCUAUCAUGGUAGUCAAUGGGCCGUGCUGCCCUUGCAGUUGUGGAUCGGAUGUUGAAUUCCCUCUCAAUUCUUUGGAUGGAAGCAGUGAAAUUGGAAUGAUCAGCAAGCAGUGGACUGGACUCGCAAGAGAGAUGUUUACUGAUGCUGAGAACUUUGGAGUGCGAUUCCCUUUGGAUCUGGACAUCAAGUACAAAGCCAUACUAAUGGGAGCUACCUUUCUCAUUGACUUCAUGUUCUUUGAACACAGCAACAACUAAACGAUCGCUGUGAGUUCACGUGCAGCCAGUUUAAAAAGAAGGAAGAUUAUUUCAGGGCACCUCUUAUAUGAUCAACGCUACAGUCUUUAACAUGUAAUAAAUGCACGUAUAUUCUAAGACAUGUUAUCUGCUUGACACCUUUGUAAGCUUUAAACUCCGGCAAUAUCAAUUAGUAACCCUCCCUUCUCUAGUCACGAACAGUACCUUGUUUAUUAGUGGAGAGAAAUUUGUGUUCAAUCAAGGAACGCCUUGCAACUGAUGAAGUGUCUCUUCUCCUUACCUUUUCGCGGAACAAGGUAUUGAAAUUGGACGGGAAAGUUACAUGUUAGUGAUUUCUUAAAGUAGAAGGGUAAAAUGCUGGUAGGAUUUUUUUAUGCAAGUUAAAUAAUGGAAUAAAAUGUUAACGUUGACACUUAAAAUGUACAGGGUAUAUUGUGAGGAAAUAGCACAAGGAUUUUGAUCAGAAGAUUCAUCUCCUCGGACAGACUGAAAAGAAGAUGAUAGGGAACCUGUAUUUCUUGAUGUACUGCGUACACCUGUGUUUUCUCGCUAUAGCAGUAAGUUCAUACACGUUCGUGGGAGAAUACCGCGCGAGUAAAUUACUUUAUACAUAAUUAUUGCACCAUGUAUCAAUAAAAAUGUUGCAGAAAAACCUCAAA